AUGGUAGCCCCUGGCUCAUCUGAUAUAAGCGAGUCCACUAUUGUGGUAAUUGGUGCUGGCAUCAUCGGUCUCACCAGCGCCCUCAAGAUCCAACAACUAACCGCUGACUCACCAUCAACAUCGAUCCUCCUCGUCGCCAAAGAAUGGCCAACCUCAAUCCCCGGCGCACCAACAACCCAUUCAGCAGACUAUGCUUCUAUGUGGGCUGGUGCUCAUAUUCGACCCAUCCCCGCUUCAACGCCACAGCUGCGUCGUGAAGCCGAGUGGGUGAAACGCACUAUCGCUGAGCUUGAGAAACACCGGCAGAUUGAACCUUGGGUUGGAAUCAGACGUCUUCCGGGUAUUGAGUAUCUUGAGGACCCGUCACCUGAGUACUGGAAGCAAGAUGCCCAGAGUUUCGCCAAUGAGACUGGAUUGCCCGGAUAUCGGAAAUAUGAAGCACACGAGCUACCUGAAGGUGUAAAGUUGGGAUUUGAGUAUGAGACUUAUUGUAUCCAUGCGCCGCUGUACACUGCUAGUUUACUGCGCAAGUUUAUUGUUCAAGGGGGAAGGACGCUGCAGAGGGAUUUAAAGAGUGAAUGGGAGGCUUUUAUCCUAGCACCUAGUGUCAAACUAGUCGUGAAUGCGAGUGGAAUGGGUUUUGGAGAUAAGAAGUGCUUCCCCAUUAGAGGCCAGACAGUGCUAACCAAUCUCACCGCUGCCGACAAAACAAUCACAACCCAAAAGAAAGACGGCACAUGGAGCUUUAUAAUUCCUCGUUCCUUCAAUGGAGGAACAGUUAUUGGCGGUACAAAAGAGGUGGGAGACUGGCAGCUCGAAGCAUCGCGGGAAACACGCACUCAGUUACUGAAAGCUGCUCAGUCAAUCAUACCACAAGCAUGCGAUAAGAGCCAAAGACCUGAGACGAUAAAGGUGAUCAAGGAUGUUGUUGGAAGAAGACCAGCUCGCGAGGGCGGCAUGAGAGUCGAGACUGAAGCUAAGGAUACUACAUGGGGUGUCAAGCAUGUGGUUCAUGCCUAUGGCGCCGGCGGACGAGGAUUUGAAUUAUCUUGGGGCGUGGCGAGUGAAGUGGCUGAACUUGCGAGGGAGAUACUGGAAUCGAAGUCUCGUCCUCGACCGAACCUAUAG